GCAGGGCUGCAGUAUGUUUGAUGGUUCUUGUAUAACAUUUCAGUGGGCUCUUUAAGAGGAGAGCCUCUGCAUCUGCUGAUCUGUCAGCAGGCGCGGUGCCGCCCUGCCUGCCCACCCUGCUGCUGCACCUCAGUGAACAGACAAGCACCCGGCGAAGCGAGGGGACUCAACUCUGUGUCCAUGCACCUGCCGUGGGUAUUCGAUCGUUAUGGAUAAUCAAUAACUGAAGGUAAAAUGCGCCGGACCCGCCGCCCUCGUCAUCCCGGGUUAUACAGGUGUAACCAGACCGAGCUGCUAGAGAGAGACACGGGCCACGCUUUAUCUCCGGUUCACAUCAUUCAUGUUUUAUGCACAGCCAUGAUAUUUCCUACGGCUCUGGAAUGGAUGACUUCUGCUGGCACACGCCUAUAGUUUUAGUCAUCGCGUUUCCCCUCUUUGCUGGUUUGGCUGGCUCAGCUGGUUUGGCGGCUACGGGAAGCAGCAGCACUUUGAUCAAACGGGAUGCAGACGCUGGAGCUCAGCAUGUCCUCUGUGGUGUCCGGAGUGAGUGAGCUGAGCCUGGGAGAGCUGCCCAUGGAGAGCUGGAUGUCUCACCUGCCAUGUGCUCUGUGGGACACCCCCCUGUACCACCUGGCCAUCCCGGGCAGACACAAUGCAAUAACCUACUGUCUGGAUAUGAAUGACAGAUCCCCUGUUGACCUUACCCAGCCAGACAUGCUUCAAAAGCUGGACAAAUACAUGAAGCCCUUUAUUCGCCCCUUUGUGUACAAGUGGGCAAUAACCCAGGAGUAUACUAUAAAGCAGCAGCUGGACUGUGGGGUCAGAUACUGUGACCUGAGAAUUGCACACAGGCCCAAUGACAGCUCCACUGAUCUGUACUUCUACCACGGUGUAUACACCACGCUCACUGUGGAGACUGUUCUAAUGGAGAUAAGAGAGUGGCUGGAUGCUCAUCCCAAAGAGGUGGUCAUCCUCUCCUUCAGCCACUUCCUCGGCCUGAGCCAGGAGCUCCACACGCUGCUGCUCACAACCAUACGCAACAUAUUCACCUCUAAACUCUGUCCCAAAACGGAAGUGUUAACUCUUCGAAACCUGUGGGCUUUAGGCAACACUGUGAUUGUGUCCUAUGAACACAAUAUUGCCAGCUAUCACAGCGACCUGUGGCCACAUAUUCCUUACUGGUGGGCCAACAAAUGCAAAGCUGAGGCUCUUAUUGAGGAGUUUGAACACAGGAAGCAACAUGGCAGACCAGGAGGUUUCUUCGUCACAGGAAUUAAUCUGACAGAGGACCUGAAAUACAUCUGCACACACCCAACAGAGUCCCUGAAGGACUUGGUGAUGUCCACAUAUCCCACGCUGCUGAGCUGGGUUAAGGAGCAGACUCCUGGCUGCAAAGUUGGCUCUCUCAAUAUCAUUGCUGGGGACUUUAUCACCGAGAGCCAGUUCAUACCAACUGUGGUUACACUGAAUGAGAAACUACUGAAAUGGUCCUCAUGACCUUUCACCAAUUUGCAUUAUUCUACAUAGAAAAUGUGCAUCACAGCAUGAAUUACACAAGCUUGUUUUAAGAGAGAUAGAAAAAUACUCAAGUACUUGAAUUCAUUUAAAUAUAAAUACACUUAUUGGAGGCAGUGAAAUGUAUAUUUUAGUCCUAAAGCUGCUUGAAAACAGACUUUUUGGUAUUUUGACCGGCACAUGUUUGUUUACAUUCUGUUCACUAUUUAUGCAAUGUACUUUUAGUAGUUUUCACAAGUCAGCCAGGUGGCCAUUUUUAUGUUACGGGGCAACUAAAGCAAUAAUGAAACAACUGAUCUCACCUUUUAAUGUAGGCUUUUUAGAUGAGUCAGCACAAACAGUGUAUUCCAUGAGCACAUAUGACUGUAAUGUAGGCAACAAACGUUUGUAAUUAUGAAAUGUGGGCAGCAAGUUUAAUAAGUAGCUAAACUUUAGCACCAGUACAUGUAUUUAUCCAUAGAGAAUGUAGCGAAGACAUGAAACUUAUGCAAAAUGCAUGGAAAACUUAUUUGCAUGAACCCAACCUUGAUUGUUUUACUUAUAAUUGACUUUAGCCAACAGGUUAGGCCUUGAUUUAAAGGCUGCACCGCUGUGCCUGUGGAAAUAAGCUUUUCCAAUAAACAUGAGCUUUUUUAAGCAAA